AUGAACACCGAAAACCAAGGCAAAUAUCUUCCCUCCCUAGCCCCUGGGCCCCGAGGCCCCGUUGCAACUGGAUCAACCACAUUGGCCAAGUCAAGGAAGAAUUCGACAGCAUGUUUGCCAUGCAAGCAGGCAAAGCGAAAGUGCAGCGGACGCCCGCCACCUUGUAAGGCAUGCCAAAACACUGGGGGAUGCAUCUUCGAUGAGACGCUCGACUUGAGGCGAAAGGUCGCUGCGAGGCGCACCCAAGGAGAGCUAGAGUACUACCGAGGCCUGCUAUACUCGCUUCUCGAAAUGCUUCGAUCCUCAGAUGAAGAAAAGGCCCGACAGAUGCUGGAAAAGAUCCGUGGCAAUGCCCAACUGAACGACCUCGUCACUAUUAUCGACGCUCCUGCCACUGAUUUCAGUGACGCAAGUUCAGAGCACUCCAAGAGCGUUGGGCCUGCGGAAGAUAUCCCAUCGCAGCACGAGCGCCCAGUUGUCGAUGCCCACUUGCGGAUAACGGUGGAGAGGCUAUGUGAUAGUCCCCUGUUUCAGGUAUCUUCCGGGCCUUGGACAGUGGUUACUAAUGAUGACCAUCUUGUUUCGCACCUAAUAUCGUUGUACUUCACUUGGGAUCAUCCGUUAUUGCAGGUCGUGGAUCAAGAGACGUUCCUAAAGCAUAUGACUACCAGAGAAACCAAUCCAGAUUGCUGCACCUCGCUGCUUGUUAAUAGCAUAUUAGCGGUGGCAAGUAUCUAUUCCGACUUUCCAGAAGUUUUUGCUGUCCCUGACGAUGAGACGUCACGGGGGCAGCAUUUCUAUGCGGAAGCAGAGCGAUUGUGGAACGCGGAGGAAGGCCGCGUUUCUCUGGCCAAUAUUCAAGCUGUGGCCCUAAUGAGUCGUUUCCUGAAAUUCCAAGGUAAAGAUGACCUGAGCUGGCUUAUGCUCAGGCAAGCUGUACAGCUCGCACAAGAUUUUGGCAUGUUCACGUCACCGAGGAUGGGACACCACCAGUGGGAGAAAAUGUCUCUCCGACUGCAGCAUGCUUGUGCAAUCACUGCUUGGGGUCUCUUUAUUUUGAACGCGCAAACGUCAUUGCAUAGUCGCAAGGUCGCAGAGUUGAAGCCACCGAAAUAUAAACCUUAUCCUGUAACUGCGCUCGAUGAUGGUUUUAUGUGGACACCGUAUCCUCGCUUCAAUCAGGUUGGCCUCGCCAAACACCCGGCAUAUCUACGACUCGUCAUGACCAAAAUGAUCGAUUUGACCGAGAUUGUCGCGGACAUACCGGAUCUGCUGUUUGACAAAGGGCUGGACAUGCCAAUCGGCGAACUGUGGAUAGCAGCCAAUAAGAGAUGCGUUCGCUUGCAGCGAUGGCUUGACAGCCUUCCGAAGGACUUUGAAGCCGACGAUGAGAAACUACCACAGAUCUUAUACCUGUAUAUCGGAUAUCACCAUACGAUUAUGGUACUAUUCCAAUAUUUCCUGGAGCAUCAACAUUUCGGGCCCACGUCCCAUCCAUCGGAAUUUGAACAGGCCCGGUCAAAUCAGCUUCGAUCGGCGAAGCAAGUUGUCCAUUGUCUCCGCUCGUACCAUGAAGCCUAUGGAUUGCGACAAAUACCCAGGCAGAUGCUCGAGCCCACCAAUAGUAGUCUCCUUGUCUUUCUGAGUGCCUUGAAUGAGGACGAUUCAAAGGAUGCGUUUGUGGAAUUGUGUCGGUUUCUAGUGGCUUUCAGCAAGAGAUUCGCGUUAGCUAAAGAGAUGCUUCGCAAUCUAGAGAACCUUGUUCAGUCCUCGAGGCUCACAUUACCCCCAGAAGCUGUUGCUGUACUGGAUCACAGGGGGCAGGAGACUUCACAAUGGCUGUAA